AUGGAACACAACGUCAUUGGAGCUCCGUCGCAUGCGGCUCUCUAUGAUCUGAUACUAGCGGCGGAACAACCAUGCAGCCCCUUCCACCCCAAGAAGACCUUACCCGACCUUUCCUACCUCCUCCCCGACACCUUAGAAGACCUUCUCAACUUCGAUAUCAAUCAUAUUUAUUUCGAAUUGGUCAACUCUUUAUCGACGCCGCCGCCAACCGCUCCAGUAGUGUCCACUAACUGUGAAACCUCAGAGGAAUCGAACGCGCAGGCCUCGAGGCCCGCGCCGGUCGGGCCCACUGCCGGAGUCGAUCGUGGAAAGUCUGUGGUCUCCGGUGAUCUCUGCAUGGCCGGCGGCGGGGCUGACGGUGGCGAAAACGGUUGCGGAGAGAAGAAGGAGAAGCAGCGUCAGCGGCAGAGCGUUUCUGUUGACGCGUCAUUGACGGCGUUGAUGGAGGCCGGGCCAGCGAUUACCAUUGGGAAGAGGCCCAUGGACUCUGAGCAGCUUGCUGAACUUGCUAGGGUUGAUCCAAAGAAGGCUAAGAGGAUUCUUGCCAAUAGGGAAUCUGCUGCUAAAUCAAAGGAGAAGAAAAGGCUUUAUGUGACAGAGUUGCAAAAGAAUGUCCAAUUGCUUGAAUCUCAAGUAAAUGACCUGAUUAAUAAUAUUAACAUGUUAGAGAAAGAGAACACAGAAAGGGCUGAUCGUGUCAAGGAGCUCAGAAUAAAAUUAGACGCUAUGCGAGAAGAAGAUCGAACUAAAGAUGCUCUCAGUGCAUCGUUAAAGGAAGAAGUUCAACAGCUUGAGAAAGAAAUUGAAAAUCUUGAUGUUUUAUUGAGUUACCGUUUUCCUGGGGACUUUUUCUCCCCAUUCUCUUCCAAGUUACCUCUAAAUCAGUUUCAUACUCCUUCUCAGCAACAUCUGGACCCUCAACAAACCCAACUCUCCAUGCCUAGUCCCAUUCCUCCCUGUGGCCAGAGUUUCGCUGGGCAAUAUGACCCUGACUUCUUAAACUUCUAUCAGUAA